CAGUCCACCUAUCGGUGCGCCGUCACCAUUCUCUCUGUCUUUUGGCUCACCUUCCUCUCGCGGCGGAUCAAGAUUCAUUGCACAGGAUUCUUCAGAACUGCGAGAUGGAUGUCCGAAUAGUCCUGAUAUUCCCAGUCUGUGUGUUUCUCUUCAAUCUAUUUGCGGGUGGAACCUGCUCAGAGGCAGAACACAAGCUGUUCUCUGUGAUCUUCUCAAACUACAACCAGUACAUACGGCCGGUGGAGAAUGUGUCAGACCCAGUUGUUGUACAGUUCGAGGUGUCCAUGUCACAGCUGGUGAAAGUGGAUGAACUUAACCAGAUCAUGGAGACCAACCUUUGGCUCAGACAUAUCUGGAAGGACUACAAACUGAAAUGGAACCCCAAAGAGUUUGGCGGUGUUGAGUUCAUCCGGGUGCCGUCCAACCGAAUCUGGAAGCCAGACAUCGUGCUGUACAACAAUGCUGUUGGGGACUUCCAGGUGGAUGACAAAACCAAAGCUCUGCUGCGCUACAACGGAGAGGUCACCUGGAUCCCUCCUGCUAUUUUCAAGAGCUCAUGCAAGAUCGACGUCACCUACUUCCCCUUCGACUACCAGAACUGCACCAUGAAGUUCGGCUCGUGGACCUACGACAAAGCAAAGAUCGACCUGGUCCUGAUCGGCACAACAAUUAACCUGCGGGACUUUUGGGAGAGCGGCGAGUGGGUGAUCAUCGACGCGCCGGGCUACAAGCACGACAUCAAGUACAACUGCUGCGAGGAGAUCUACACGGACAUCACGUACUCGCUGUACAUCCGUCGGCUGCCGCUCUUCUAUACCAUCAACAUGAUCAUCCCGUGUCUUCUCAUCUCCUUCCUCACCGUGCUGGUCUUCUACCUGCCGUCCGACUGCGGCGAGAAGGUCACGCUCUGCAUCUCCGUGCUUCUCUCGCUGACCGUCUUCCUGCUGGUCAUCACCGAGACCAUCCCGUCCACGUCACUAGUCAUCCCGCUCAUCGGCGAGUACCUGCUCUUCACCAUGAUCUUCGUCACGCUCUCCAUCGUCAUCACCGUCUUCGUGCUCAACGUUCACUACCGCACGCCCAAGACGCACACCAUGCCGCAGUGGGUGCGCGGCGUCUUCCUGGGCGUGCUGCCGCGCGUCAUGUUCAUGACCCGGCCAGAGCGCAACCCGCAGCGCUUCAGCAGCCAGCAAGGUCACUUCCUGCCGCCCGCCCCUCUCCCGCCCCCACCUUACCCUUGCACCCUGCACUCCUCAUCCGCCUCCUCCUCCGCCGCCUCCUCCACCCUCAAUCCCUCCUUCCUCCAGCAUCAACAACAACAACAACAACAACAACAGCAGCAGCAGCUGAAGCAGAUGACCCUGCCGGCCAGCCUGCCCCCACGGCAACGCCUCUUCCUGAACACGGAGCUGUCCACGCUGCAUGGGCCCGGCGGAGGCAGCCUCUCCCUCAACGCCGACUCCACCACGCUCCUGUGCCGCGAGGGACGCUGCGGCUGCAGUUGCUGCUGGCAACAGAGAUCAAGUAAUCUGCCAGCCAAUGGAAGAGGGGGCGCCGCCGGAGGAGUGGGCCAGGACAGCCUGGGUACGGUCAGCGGAGGCCUCGGUUUGGGCGUUGGGCCCAGGGCGGCGGUGGCAGGAAGCCCCUGCUCGAGUUCAGAGUCGCUGGAUGUCGGGGUUCUGACCCUGUCAACCCUCUCGCCCGAGGUCAGGGAGGCCAUUGAGAGUGUGAAGUAUAUCGCCGAGAACAUGAGGCUUCAGAACGAGGCCAAGGAGGUUCAGGACGACUGGAAGUACGUUGCCAUGGUGAUUGACAGGAUAUUCCUGUGGGUGUUCAUCCUGGUGUGCAUUCUGGGAACGGCAGGUCUCUUCCUCCAGCCCCUGCUCCUUGGGGAUGACAUUGGACCACCCUGACCAGAUCACACCAGACCAGACCUGAUGCUUUCUCUCUCUCUCUCUCUCUACAUCCGAGCCAAAGCCAUACGCUUGCACUGCUUUACGGAGCACAGGCCAACCUCGUCACCGCACUGAUCCAGAAUCAGUUGGGUUUUUACUUACUUUACUUAACAGCCCUGGUUGAGUCUCAGUGGUGUCUUACAGCAACAGCAAGUGCGAUGGACUGAAGGAGUAAGACUGCAUUUGAAAGUAUAAAUGCAGUCACAUAGCAGAGGAGGUUUUGAAAACCUCAUGGGACGGGACUACCUGUUGCCUUUUUUUUCUUCUUAGUCACUCUGCUUUGUAAAGCUGCAAAGAUUCAUGAAACAGGAGUGCCUCCAUCAAACUGCUGCCAAUGGAAGAGGUAGAUGGAGGCUUAGAGCUAAAAGUGCACUGCACACUGUCCUCUAUUCAUGGUACAGCUAAUAUUUGUGUCUACAAUUUUAUCUGUCUGUAUGAUUGCAUUUAUGUGUGGUAAGCCAUUGUGAACUUUUCUGUCCAUUGAAAUAAUCAUUUGUAAAGGGUACAUGCAACAUUGAAGAUCAUCAAAAGUAUGAUGUUUUUAAGAAUUUAUGGAUGUAGUGGCUCUUAUAAACUGCAUUUCACAUGCAGGUGGCCUUGAACCAGUAUAAACGAAUACAAACAACAAAUUCACAAGAAGUGAACAUCAU